AGCGCUUCCUGGAAGUUCCGACUUCAACGUAUAGUUCGCACACUCAGUGUGCGCGUUAACUUCCGCGGAAGUUGACCGUAAUCGACUCUGCAUGAAAGUGCUCCCUGACAAAGUUCACUAUUUUGGAUUUGACGUUCAAAGUGCAUCAACAAAUUCCGUUUUUACAAAAUGCCUGAACAGAAACAGCAGUGAUGAACCCCAUAUCGCCACCCGUUUAGAACUCUCAUGAUGGAGGACAAUAUAACACAUUCCAACUACCUAGAGACGAAUUACUCGGAUACAUGGAUUGAUGAAUCAUACAACGAAGAUUACAUAUUCGAUAAAACUUAUAUCAGAGUCAUCUUCAUUUGCCUGUACACGAUUGUAUUUUGUUUGUGCUUCUUCGGAAACCUGCUGGUGAUAUUUGUGAUAUGUCUAAGCAGAAGAUUGAAAACAACGACGAAUUGUUUCCUAGCCAACUUGGCCGUCGCAGAUGUUUGUGUGGCUGUGUUUUGCGUUUAUCAAAACCUUCUGAUCUACAUUGUUGAAAAUUGGAUGUUCGGUGAAUUCAUGUGCAAAAUGUACGUUUUUAUUCAAUCACUAAGCAACUCGGCCAGCAUAGUGAUCUUAGUUCUGAUAUGUACCGAAAGAUAUUUUGCUAUCCUCUAUCCGAUCACUUGCAAGCAGAUCCUGACCAAUAUCAGACUCAAGUUUAUUAUUUUCACAGUCUGGACGUCCUGCGUUUUAUAUAGUUCCCCAAAGUUCUACUGGGGAAACACUGUUACAGUUACAACGGAAAACAGCAGCGAAACUGUCUGUGUUCUUAAUAGGCAGAAAUUUAACUCGAAACUGUUUGAUAUCAUACAUUUUGUACUUUUAUACCUCAUUCCACUGGCAAUCAUUUCGCUACUUUACACUAGAAUAGCAAUCUGUCUUUGGAACAGUUCGGAGCAGCUGAAGCUGCAACUGGACGCAUCCACUAAUCUAAAUUACUAUAAAACUUUAUAUCCGAAGAAGUCAAGGCGAGAGAAGCUAGACAAGCGAGGCUCGACUGGGAACGGAAGUUUGCUUCAAAGAUCCACCAAUGGCAGCGCAAACAACGCACAUUUAACGCAGAAUGUUCUGAAUGCUCGACGCGGAGUGAUCAAGAUGUUGAUUAUUGUUGUUUGUGCCUUUGCUUUGUGCAAUUUGCCUUUCCAUGCUAGGAAAAUGUGGCAAUAUUGGUCUCCAAACUAUCAAGGGCACACUAAUUUUAGCGCGUUGUUAACACCACUUACGUUUUUAUCCACGUACGUUAAUUCGGGUGUUAAUCCACUCUUGUAUGCCUUUCUGUCGAAGAAUUUUCGAAGGGGAAUUCGCGAAUUGAUUUUCUGCUCCCACAAGAAGAAACGCGACAAACGAGGCUUAAGUGACCGAAAAUGCUGCACAAGGACAACAUUUCGAACAAACAUCACUGCUGUUCAGAAUCCAAAGCCGAAUAAUUUCACGUACAAUCUUUGAUCCAGUUUGGACAUUUUCGGGCAAAUCUGACUGAAAAUAACUCAGUUUCUGUAUAUUUUUUGUAAAAAUGUACCAUAAACAGUGUGUUAGUACUAUAUUGAAAUGAGGUGGUAA